AUGCUGUGUAACUGGAUGUCCAUCUGUCUGUAUCAGUUCCUGAAGGACUCUGCAGGUGAACCUCUGUACAAACUGUUCAGAGCCAUAAAACACCAGAUCGAGAAGGGACCAGUGGACGCCCGAGUGAAGAAGGCCAAGUACACUCUGAACGACACCGGACUUCUGGGAGACGACGUGGAAUACUCUGUCCUGACCCUGCAGGUCCUGGUCCAUGGUGAGGGUCCUGACGUGACUCCAGUGAAAGCUCUGAGCUGUGACACCGUGUCGCAGGUGAAGGAGAAGAUCAUCGAGCAGGUCUACAGGAACCUGCCCUACUCCCAGAGGCCCAAGGUGGACUCCGUCACUCUGGAGUGGCGUCCCGGCUCCACGGGGCAGAUCCUGUCUGACCUCGACCUGACGUCUCAGAAGGAGGGACGAUGGAGACGCAUCAACACACUGGCCCAUUACAAUGUCCGAGACAACGCCACAUUAGUUCUGUCCCGAGUUCUUCACACUCAACAGAACUACGAUCAAAACCACGAGAACCACGAGGAGCGGAACGCUCUGCUGGAGGAUGACAAAGUGUUCCACCUGGUGCGACCAGCGGAGGAGCUGGACGAGAUCAAGUCCAAGAGAGGGAGCAUCAAGGACAAGUCCAUGACCAAAGCCAUCACCGAAAUCUAUCUCACACGACUCCUGUCCGUCAAGGGCACUCUGCAGCAGUUUGUGGAUGACUUCUUCCGCAGUGUGCUGUGUUCGGGGGCAGUGGUUCCUCCUGCCGUCAAAUACUUCUUUGACUUUCUGGACGAGCAGGCGCUGAAGCACAACAACGUGGACGAGGAGACCAUCCACAUCUGGAAGACCAACAGUCUGCCUCUGAGGUUCUGGGUGAACAUCCUGAAGAACCCUCACUUCAUCUUCGACGUCCACGUGACGGAGGUGGUGGACGCCGCUCUGUCCGUCAUCGCUCAGACCUUUAUGGACGCAUGCACCAAGAGCGAGCACAAGCUGAGCCGGGACUCUCCGAGUAACAAACUACUCUAUGCAAAGGAGAUCUCCACCUACAAGAAGAUGGUGGACGAUUACUACAAAGGGAUCAGACAGAUGGUGUCCGUCAGCGACCAGGACAUGAACACUCACCUGGCAGAAGUGUCGCGGGCUCACACAGACAAACUGAACACACAAGUGGCUCUGCAUCAGCUCUACCAGUACGCCAGCAAAUACUAUGACGGGAUCAUUGCUUCUCUGGACGAGGAUCCCGCUGCACAGAGCAAACAGCUGACCCUCCGGCUACAGCAGAUCGCCGCCGCGUUGGAAAACAAAGUGACGGACCUCUAA